UGGUGAAGAGAGUGUAAACAAGCAGAAGGGAGAAGAAGGCAGAGACAAACAGACAGGGGAAGAAGGCACUCUUGUGUCAGCUCUGGAUGCUGGAAACAUCAAACCCAGGGAAGUUAUUAUACCUGUCUGUUAAGCUGAAGACAUCUGCAGAUCAAAAGAAGAGCGUUUUACAGCUCACAUAAAUAUCAACCUUCAACCUGCAAGUUUGGAGUUGAUCCAGGAUGCAGUCCUACCUCACGCUGCUGCUGGGGAUUGUGGCCUCAUCUGCUUCAGCAGAAUGGAGGCGUCCGGUGAUCAAGUUCAACUCUAAGGUGGUGGGAAGUUCUGAGGUGGUGGUUAAACCUGGGACCCCUCUGGAUCUGAGGUGUGAGGGUGACGGGCAUGUAAACUGGCAAACCAGGCUAGUCAAACACAGACGCUAUGUGUCCAAGGGCAAUGGGAACAUCCGCACCAUAAAGGUGGAGAGUCCCACUGCAGAAUUCACUGGAACGUACAAGUGUUUUUACAUUUCUGGGUCUCAGCAUCGUGACUUGACCUCCUCAGUGCAUGUGUACGUAAAAGAUCCAAAUCGUGCGUUCUGGACCAGCAGCACCUCCCUGAGGGUGGUGAAAAAAGAGGGUGAGGACUAUCUGCUGCCCUGCCUGCUGACUGACCCAGCAGCCACAGACCUGGGCCUCCGCAUGGACAAUGGCACCACUGUCCCACCAGGCAUGAACUUCACAGUUGACCGACACCGUGGUAUACUCAUCCACAGCCUCCACCCCAGCUUCAACGCUGACUAUGUCUGCACAGCCAGGGUCAAUGGAGUGGAGAGGACCUCCAAGGCCUUUUCCAUCAACAUCAUUCAGAAGCUUCGGUUCCCUCCAUAUGUCUUCUUGGAGACAGAUGAAUAUGUGCGCAUCGUUGGAGAAGAACUCAAGAUUCGCUGCACCACACAUAACCCUAACUUCAACUACAAUGUCACCUGGAAAUACACCACCAAGUCGAAACCAACCAUUGAGGAGAAGGUUCGCUCCAGUGGAGAAAAUCGCCUGGAUGUACAGAGCAUAAUGACCAUCUCUGCUGUGGACCUUGCAGACACAGGAAACAUUUCAUGCAUUGGUACUAAUGAAGCAGGAGUGAACAGUUCAACAACAUACCUGCUGGUUGUUGACAAGCCCUACAUCAGGCUGUUGCCCCAGCUGUCCCCUAAACUUGCCCACCACGGUCUUUCAGUCGAGGUGAAUGAGGGAGAAGACCUGGAGCUCAGUGUGCUCAUCGAAGCCUACCCUCACAUUACAGAGCACAGAUGGAACACACCAACAUCUCCCAACACGUCCACACAGGAGCACAAGUUCAUUCGAUACAACAACAGAUACCAUGCAACUCUGCAGCUGAAGCGAAUGAACGCACAGGAGCAGGGCCAGUACACCUUUUAUGCAAAGAGUGACUUGGCUAAUGCAUCUAUCACGUUCCAAGUCCAAAUGUACCAAAGACCUGUUGCUGUGGUGAGAUGGGAAAAUGUAACCACACUCACUUGCACUUCAUUUGGCUAUCCUGCUCCCAGAAUCAUCUGGUACCAGUGUUUUGGGAUACGGUCUACGUGCAAUGAAAACACCACAGGGCUGCAAAUGGCGAUCCCCCUCCAGGCUCCUACAGUGGAGGUCCAGAGGGAGGAGUACGGGGCCGUGGAGGUGGAGAGCGUCCUCACCGUGGGGCCGUCCAGUCAGAGGAUGACGGUGGAGUGUGUGGCCUUCAACCUUGUUGGCAUCAGCAGCGACACUUUCGCAAUGGAGGUUUCUGAUAAGCUCUUCACUUCCACUCUGAUUGGAGCAGCAGGAAUUCUGGCCAUCCUCCUUGUGCUACUGGUUUUUCUGUUAUACAAAUAUAAGCAGAAACCCAGAUAUGAGAUCCGUUGGAAGAUCAUUGAGGCAAGAAAUGGAAACAACUACACCUUCAUUGACCCCACUCAGCUGCCUUACAGUGAGAAGUGGGAGUUCCCAAGAGACAAGCUGAAGCUAGGGAAGAUACUGGGUGCCGGAGCUUUUGGAAAGGUCGUUGAGGCCACAGCCUAUGGCCUGGGAAAGGAAGACAAUGUGAUGCGUGUGGCUGUGAAAAUGUUAAAAGCCAGUGCCCAUUCAGAUGAGAGGGAGGCUCUGAUGUCUGAACUGAAGAUCCUGAGCCACCUGGGUAACCACAAGAACAUUGUCAAUCUACUGGGAGCCUGCACCUAUGGAGGACCAGUGCUUGUGAUCACAGAAUACUGCAGCCUGGGUGACCUCCUGAACUUCCUCCGCCAGAAGGCAGAGACAUUUGUGAACUUUGUUAUGAACAUUCCUGACUUCACGGAGAGCUCAAAUGACUACAAGAACAUCCACGACCAGAAACAGUUCAUUAGAAGUGACAGUGGGAUCUCCAGUGCAUCAUCGAGCAGUUACAUGGAGAUGAGGUCCAGCCAGCUGCCAAAUAUCGAAUCAUCUCAAGACUCUGUGUGUGAGGAGACUGGUGACUGGCCGCUGGACAUUGAUGACUUGCUGAGGUUUUCCUUUCAAGUGGCUCAGGGCCUUGACUUUUUGGCUGCCAAGAAUUGUAUUCACAGAGAUGUGGCUGCUAGAAAUGUCCUCUUGACCAACCGCAGAGAGGCCAAGAUUUGUGACUUUGGCCUGGCACGUGAUAUCAUGAAUGACUCCAACUAUGUGGUGAAGGGCAAUGCACGUCUGCCAGUUAAAUGGAUGGCUCCAGAGAGUAUUUUCGACUGUGUGUACACCGUCCAGAGUGAUGUCUGGUCCUAUGGCAUCCUCCUGUGGGAGAUCUUCUCUUUAGGUAAGAGCCCCUACCCCAGCAUGGCUGUGGAUUCCAGGUUCUACAAGAUGGUGAAGCGCGGCUACCAGAUGUCCCAACCGGACUUUGCCCCACCUGAAAUCUACAUGAUCAUGAAGAUGUGCUGGAUUCUGGAGCCCACAGAGCGUCCAACCUUCAGCAAGAUCAGUCAGAUGAUAGAGAGACUACUUGGGAACCAGUCUGAGCAGGAACAGCUAAUCUACCAGAAUGUGCAGCAACAGGUCACAGAGGGUGACAUGUGUGAUGAGCACAAGUGCUGUGACGGCCCCUGUGACCAGUCUUGUGACCACGAGGAAGAGGAGCAGCCUCUGAUGAAGACCAACAACUACCAGUUUUGUUGAAAGCUUUAACCAUCGAUCAAUCAUUAAACCUACCGGCAAGCAUCAGGAAAGUGGGAUAAGCUUUAGCAUGUGGCCAGUGGACCACAGCUUGUUCCAGCCGCUGGACAAUUGCAGAGAGUCGCCUUUACAGCUAUUUUUUGCUGUUUUUAUGACUGCUUGCCAGACAGACAAGCAGCAGACAUGUGACUUGCUUCUUAGCAGACCAUGACUAGAAAUUGCCACGUCUCACACCGACUGCAGACAUGGAAGGAGGAAACAUGUCGACAAACCACACAAACAUCCAAAGCUGUACCUUAUGCUAAACUGACUGUUUAUCACUCCUUCUGUUAUGUAUUUGAGGUAUAAUCUGUUACAGUUUAUCCAAAGGAGACAAAACCUGUUUGUCCCUUCUUCUGAGUGAUCUUAAUUAUAUCUUGUACACUGUUUGUUACUAUUUUUUUAUUACUGCCCCUUGAGAGUGAAUAUGUUGUUUUUGUGGAGAUUUCAGUCACUUUUGUCAGCAAGUUCACUUCCUUUUCAUCAUUUUAUUGCAUGUAUGGUUUCUCAGAGGAAGCAACCCCAAAAGUCACAAACACUGGAUCCUAAACUGUGAGAGCUGAGCUACCCAUCUUUAUGUGGUGCAGACAAGCUAGGUUUUAUUCUUUGAUCACUUUAACUGCACAUAUAAACAGUGUAAGUGUUUUUCCCUAGUUUAAACAUGCUAAAUCGACCAUGCAGAAGGCAAAGAAUGACCAUGUUGUUUUCUUCUCUGUGCUUUGGUCAUAGCUUUAUUUCUUGUGACUCACUUACAGUAGCUGUCAGUUGUGGGCAACAUGUGAUUGUUCCACUUCAAUCUAAUAAAUUAACCAGUGUUCAGUGAGAUUUAGUAGCAGGGAAUACAACUGCACUGAGCAGGGAAAUGUGUGGAUCCGUGAUGGAUCAGAUGAACAACGUUUCAUGUCUGACAAUGUGAAAGUUUUUUUUUGUUUGUUUUUGCGUGGCACAACUUAAUCUUCUCAUUUCCUGUAAAGAGGAAGGAUAGCUUCGCCAAUAUCUAUAUGUAGCAGUCAGCAUACACUGCCAACUGUAUGAAGAUUUUAGAAUAACAUAUAAGCUAUGAGAGAGAAACAGACUGCAAAUUUGUAUAACUUUAGGCAUUUCAAAUGUGCUUGCAUCUGAAUGGAACACGCGAGAUUUCUAGUAAUGUAUAUAUCUUAUGAUGUAAGAAUUAUCUUUAUUUUCGCUGAGGUGUGGUAGAGUAGAUAGUGGUACAUUAGCGUUUCAUAUAGGUGUGUUUUUUUGUGCAAAUAAGUAAAUCAAUGCAAAAGCUGCAAAUUAAAUCACUGAAAAACUGCAGAGAUGUUGAAUAAAGCUUUACCGUUAAAACUCCAGACUCCAGUGUAAAGUUUAUAUUCUACUGGAAC